GAAGAAGGUGUGUUAAAACUGUGGCAAGGUGUCACCCCUGCUUUAUACAGACAUGUAGUGUAUUCUGGGUGCAGAAUGUCAUUCUAUGAAAUCCUGCGAGACAAAGUUUUGGGAAAGAAUCCUGAUGGCUCAUCGUCAGUGUGGAAAGUAUCACUAGGUGGGGUGAUCGCAGGUGCUGCUGGCCAGUUUGUGGCAAGUCCCACGGAUCUAGUCAAGGUACAGAUGCAGAUGGAGGGGAAACGCAAGUUGGAGGGAAAGCCACCUAGAGUGAAAAAUGCAGGUCAAGCCUUUCUACAGAUCAUGAAAGAGGGCGGAAUUCGAGGUCUGUGGCGGGGCUGGAUACCCAAUGUACAGAGGGCAGCACUGGUCAACAUGGGAGAUCUUGCAACGUACGACACAGCCAAACACAAGGUACUUGCUCAUACCAGCCUGAAGGAUAACUAUGUGACGCAUACAAUAGCAAGUGCAUGUUCAGGGAUUGUAGCAGCGCUGAUGGGUACGCCAGCGGAUGUUGUCAAGUCACGCGUCAUGAACCAGCCUACGGAGAAUGGCAGAGGUCUGGUGUACAAAGGGUCAGUUGACUGUUUAAUGAAGACUGUAUCACAGGAAGGAUUCUUUGCUUUAUAUAAAGGGUUCCUGCCUACUUGGGCAAGAAUGGCUCCCUGGUCCUUAGUUUUCUGGCUGAGUUAUGAGCAGGUUCGCAAGAUGACGGGAGUGAAGUCCUUCUGAGCUCAAGCUGACAUCUCUCUCUCUCUCACUCACUCACUCUCACACAUCCACCAUAUUCUGCUCUUGGAAGACAGCUGAUGGAAGGCAGCAUGUGAUGCACAUACUGGUUCAAUCCAGAAUAGACUGGUUUUCAAACAUAUCUUCUUGAAUGAAACGGAACUACACCAAUAUGGUAAAGUUCACAUUAAAAUACUAUUGUAAGAUUUAGCUGACACUAAAAUAUACUAGUUUGAUCAAGUUUACUUGAUCCAGUUCAUACUAAUAUACACUGAUAUGAUCCACUUUUCACUGAAGUACACUGCCUGCACAAGGGUAUCACCUGGCCUAUGAAAACAUACUGGUAAGAUUCAGAUGACACUAAAAUAUGCUGGUUUGGUCCAGUGUACAGUGAAACAAACUGGUAUGAUCCAGUUCACACCAACAUACACUGGUAUGAUCCAGUAUUCACUGCAAUACACUGGUAUGAUCCAGUAUUCACUGCAAUACACUUGUAUGAUCCAGUAUUCACUGCAAUACACUGGUAUGAUCCAGUAUUCACUGCAAUACACUGGUUUGAUCCAGUAUUCACUGCAAUACACGGGUAUGAUCCAGUAUUCACAGCAAUACACUGCCUGCCCAAGGAGAUCACAUGGCCUUGAAAAAUGAAAGUUCCAACUCUGUGAAUAUUCACAGUAGAGUCACUAACAGAAUUUACAGAGUCACAUAUAUAUUAUACUUGGAACUAUUUGUAUUCAAGAUACUAUACAAAAAGUAACCUAUCCAGUAAUCAACAUUAUGGUCCUUGAAACAGGAAACAAGUCUAUACUGAAAUGACCUGUAUAGUGAAGAUCAGUUAUUUUUGCUAAUUGUUCCUGUUUAAUUAAUCAUCAAUCAUCACAAAGUGACAAUGCAUGUUUGAAACUGCAAAAACAAUAUAAUAUGUCAUUUUGUAACGAGCAAGACUCUUACCUGUCCAAAUCAGA